AUGCUCCUCACAAACAACACAGAAAUUACAGAAUUCAUACUACUGGGCCUCACAGAUCGACCCGAACUCCAGCCUCUCCUCUUUAUGCUGUUUCUGUUUGUUUACCUGGUCACUGUCUUAGGCAACAUGGGCAUGAUGGCCCUGAUCAGACUGGAUUCCCGGCUUCAUACACCCAUGUACUUCUUCCUCAGUAACUUGGCAUUUGUGGAUCUAUGCUAUACCUCAACUGCCAGCCCACAGAUGCUGAGUAAUUUCUUAUCAGACAAGAAGACCAUUUCAUUCAUUGGCUGCUUCGUCCAGUGCUACCUUUUCAUUGCCCUUCUCCUCACAGAGUUUUACAUGCUAGCAGCCAUGGCCUAUGACCGCUAUGUGGCUAUAUGCAGUCCUCUGCAUUACAGUGUGAAAAUGUCCAGGAGAGUCUGCAUCUGCUUGGCCAUAUGCCCUUAUGUUUAUGGCUUCUCAGAUGGGCUAUUCCAAGCCAUCCUAACCUUCAGUAUGACCUUUUGUAAGUCCAAUGUCAUCAACCACUUCUACUGUGCUGACCCACCACUCAUUAAGCUGUCUUGCUCUGAUACUUACAUCAAAGAACAUAUGCUCCUCACAAACAACACAGAAAUUACAGAAUUCAUACUACUGGGCCUCACAGAUCGACCCGAACUCCAGCCUCUCCUCUUUAUGCUGUUUCUGUUUGUUUACCUGGUCACUGUCUUAGGCAACAUGGGCAUGAUGGCCCUGAUCAGACUGGAUUCCCGGCUUCAUACACCCAUGUACUUCUUCCUCAGUAACUUGGCAUUUGUGGAUCUAUGCUAUACCUCAACUGCCAGCCCACAGAUGCUGAGUAAUUUCUUAUCAGACAAGAAGACCAUUUCAUUCAUUGGCUGCUUCGUCCAGUGCUACCUUUUCAUUGCCCUUCUCCUCACAGAGUUUUACAUGCUAGCAGCCAUGGCCUAUGACCGCUAUGUGGCUAUAUGCAGUCCUCUGCAUUACAGUGUGAAAAUGUCCAGGAGAGUCUGCAUCUGCUUGGCCAUAUGCCCUUAUGUUUAUGGCUUCUCAGAUGGGCUAUUCCAAGCCAUCCUAACCUUCAGUAUGACCUUUUGUAAGUCCAAUGUCAUCAACCACUUCUACUGUGCUGACCCACCACUCAUUAAGCUGUCUUGCUCUGAUACUUACAUCAAAGAACAUGCCAUGUUAAUAUCAGCUGGUUUCAACCUCUCCAGUUCCCUCACAAUCAUCCUGGUGUCUUAUGCCUUCAUCAUUGCUGCCAUCUUAAGGAUCAAAUCAGCUGAAGGAAGACGCAAGGCAUUCUCCACCUGUGGUUCCCACAUGGUGGCUGUCACAUUGUUUUAUGGAACCCUCUUCUGUAUGUAUGUGAGACCACCCACUGACAAGACUGUGGAAGAAUCCAAAAUUAUAGCUGUCUUCUAUACCUUUGUAAGUCCAGUGCUGAAUCCAUUGAUCUACAGCCUGAGGAAUAAAGAUGUAAAGCAGGCACUGAAGGCAGUCCUCAGGAGAAACGUUAUUAGGACAGCACUGAUGCCUCCAGUUGUCAAACCUGCAACUAGGGUUUCAUGA